AUGCCCAUGUUCUACCUGAAGCUCUGGAAUGGGCCUCUGCCCAGCUCCAGCCUAGACUGCGCGCUCAAAUUCUUCGAUAGUGUGCGGAGGCCGCACUACGCACUCUUCCGCACGAUGGAUCAGAUUGCCAGCAAGAGACACCAGAUAUCGACGGAGUCAACAUCUGUCGAAGAAAUCGUCAUCGGACAGGUUGACAAUGUCCAUGGCUCGGGCUUGAUCAUCUUCCAUCGAGCCGUCAUGUUGAGAGCACUGUUCGACGCACUGCCAGAUGAAGCCAAAGCCCAGAUUAGCACCAUCAUACGGGAUCUCAGGCUCGACCUUCCGCAGACUGCGGGCGGCCAAGAUGCACUUGAUUCUGCCGAUCAUAUCACAAGCAACGCAGAGGACACUUUCCCGGCCACUUACAAAUGUUUGUGGGGUUCAUUCAAGCGAGAGACGGACAUUGGCGAGAGUUACGAGAUACAGGGUCACAAUCGAUCAGCCAUGUACCUGACAGGCAAAGAAAAGGCCUGGAUUUUCUUGUAUGAAAAGCUCCCGGUAACAACAGCAGAGAAGAUCACAUACAGCCCCGAAGAUGCAACCGCGUUUGCGCAAAGCUUCAGCGAUUGGCACGUUCAUGAGAAGCUCAAAAUCGGCGACAUCAUCAAUAAACCAAGUUUUGUCUCCGGGAUGAAUAACCUUCGAGAAGGUGUCGCUGCGGCCGAGACGUGGAGUUUUGCCGGCCGAGUAGCCCUCGUAGGGGAUGCGUGCCAUCGGUUCACCCCGAACGCUGGGCUUGGACUCAAUGCGGGUAUCCAAGAUGUUGUCUUCUUGGUGAAUCAUCUUCGCGUCCUUUCUGCGCAAACUCGACAUGGCAUCUUCGACGACAAGUUGUUUUUGAACACGCUGGAGAGAUACCAAGAGGAAAGGCGCGAGCCGGUGGCAAGAGACUACGCUGUGGCGUCACAGUCGACGCGGCUGCAAGCAUGGGCGACUUGGCGCGAUUAUCUGUUGGCACGCUGGUUCUAUUCAGUUGAGUUUGUGAAGAACUAUCUGACGGAUCACGGGACGGCUACCAGCUUCAAAAGUGGACUUGUCUUGGACUUCAUUGAAUCUGACGAGGUGCUGCAUGGCAAGAUCCCCUGGGACCAUCCACUCGUACGGGGUGCGCUGCCCAUCAAGACGAGCUAA